AUGGCCCUUCACCAUGGAUUAACUUUGACUGUUGGUAUCUUAGGCACUAUCAUCUCUUUCAUGGUAUAUCUUGCUCCAGUCCCAACAUUUCACAAAGUGUACAAGGAAAAAUCUAUAAAAGGGUUUGAAUCAUUUCCUUAUGUUUUUGAACUAUUCAUUUCAAUGUUGUGGAUACACUAUGCAAUCCUUAAACGAGCAGCCCUUCUCAUCAUUACCAACUCGGCUGGAUGUGUAAUGGAGACACUCUACAUCGUUAUUUUCCUAUUUUAUGCUCCGAAGAAAUCUAAGAUCCAGACAGUACUUCUAAUCUUGUUGAUUGCUCUUGGUUAUGGUUUGAUGGUCAUAUCGACUCUAUUCCUAGCAAACGGCCAGAAACGGAUCCAGAUUGUGGAAUGGAUUUGUCUAGUUUUUAAGCUUAUUGUAUUUGCUGCUCCACUUUGCAUAAUGCGAAAAGUCAUACGGACAAAAAAUGUGGAGUUCAUGCCUUUUCCUUUAUCGUUUUUCCAGACAUUAGGCGCUGUUACGUGGUUCUUCUAUUGGCUUUUGCUCAAGGAUUACAAAUUCGCGUUUCCAAACCUACUGGGAUUUAUUCUCGGAAUUGUUCAGAUGGGGCUUUAUAUAGCCUACAGGAACAGCAAGGAAAUUUCUCCGGAGAAGCCAAUGGUUAAUCCGGGACUGAACCAGGGAGUUCUGCAACCUAAUGAUAGCGUUGCAAGUGUCAUAGAUAUUGCUGAUGAUAAUAAUCUCAAAGGUAAAGAUUGA